AGUCAAACAAGGGGGUUUAACGGGGGGUUUUCCUUUCUCCUCCCUCCCUGGUCGCCAUUUCUCCACAGACACCCUUAUCUUCACCUGAAAAAACAAAAAUGGCUUCAACACCUUCGACGGCUUCCCUCUCUCUGAGACACAGAGCUCAGGUCCAGUACUCAAAACCCGCCACAACAUGGCCGAAACCUCACAGUUUAUCGAAAGUCCGUCACCGCCACAGGACCUUUCACUUCUUCAACUUAUCACCAGUGACACCUCUCUCUUCACUCUCUUUACUCUCUUCAUCCUAUUCUUCUCCCUUCCCCGUCAAUGUCAAAUCUCCAUCAAAUCCAGUUCACCUCCACCCUUUACAAGACUCCUCACAUGAUAAUUUCAUUGAAAGCCUCGAAAACCCCGGUAAUUUCCUUCUACCAGUGAGCGAAACACGCUCGAUUCAAGAUAAUCUCGUUGAGAUCUUGGAAAACGAGGCCAAUUUUUAUCUAUCCACGAACGGGAACCGGCUCUCUUUCGAGGAAUCGCGGCGUAGGUUGUUCAUCCAAGGGUCGCCAUGGAUUUCUUCUCUGUUUGUGAAAGGUCUGUACAGAAUAGCCAAUAGGAAAGUGAAGAUUGAACAGAAAGAGAUCAAGAGGAAGAAGAAUAAUUGGCUCAGGAGGAGGCAGAUUAAGGAAGAGACUGAGGCGUGGGAGAAGACGGUGGAGGAAUAUAGAGAAAUGGAGAGAGAAAUGCGCGAGAAGAAGCUGGCUCCGAAUCUGCCUCACGUGAAGGGACUGUUCUUGGGGUGGUUUGAGCCUUUGAGAGAGGCGAUAGCGAGGGAGCAGAAGUUGCAGAAGUUAAAGAGCAAAAAGCUUAAGGCAGCCUAUGCGCCGCAUAUUGACCUAUUGCCUCCGGAAAAGAUGGCAGUUAUCGUUAUGCACAAGAUGAUGGGGUUGGUCAUGGCUGGCCAUGAAGAUGGAUGUGUGCAGGUUGUUCAAGCUGCUGUGCAUAUUGGUAUGGCCAUAGAGCAGGAGAUUAGGAUUCAUAACUUCUUGGAGAAAAUUCGGAAUCACAAAAGAAGAAAUGUUUUGGCUGACAAUCAAGAGUGUCUGAGCAAGGAGAAGGCAAUGCUUAGGAAACGUGUUAACAGUUUGAUCAGAAGGAAAAGGCUUGUUGAGGUGCAAAAGUUGGUGGAAAAUGAAGACUUAGAACCUUGGGGUCGAGGUACCCAGGCUAAGUUAGGAAGUCGCCUGUUAGAACUCUUAACUGAAACAGCAUACGUACAGCCUCCAGUUGACCAGGCAGCAGAUUGUCCACCUGAUGUUCGACCUGCAUUCAAGCACAGAUUUAAAACUGUAACAAAGAACCCGGGGCAAAAACUUGUGAAGAAGUAUGGAGUCAUAGAGUGUGAUCCUCUCAUCCUCUCAGGGCUUGAUAGAUCUGCUAAGCACAUGCUGAUUCCUUAUGUGCCAAUGUUGGUCCCUCCAAAGAAAUGGAAAGGGUAUGACAAGGGUGGGUACUUGUUCUUACCUUCUUAUGCAAUGCGUACUCAUGGAUCUAGAAAGCAGCAACAAGCGCUUAGAGAUGUUCCCAUCAAACAAAUGCAGAAAGUAUUUGAGGCUCUGGAUACACUUGGGAGCACCAAAUGGAGGGUGAACAGGGAAGUACUUGAUGUGGUGGAGGGCCUUUGGGCUAGAGGAGGCAACAUAGCAGGCUUAGUUGAUCGUGAGGAUAUUCCCAUCCCUGAGAAACCCUACUCCGAGGAUUCGGCAGAAAUUCAAAGGUGGAAAUGGAGUGCGAGGAAAGCAAAUAAGAUUAACCGAGAGAGGCAUUCUCAGCGAUGUGACAUUGAACUUAAGCUCUCUGUAGCUCGGAGAAUGAAAGAUGAGGAAGGCUUUUAUUAUCCCCACAAUCUUGAUUUUCGAGGCCGUGCAUAUCCAAUGCAUCCUCAUUUGAAUCAUCUCAGUUCUGAUCUUUGUCGAGGAGUUUUGGAAUUUGCUGAAGGACGACCGUUAGGGAAGUCUGGGUUACAUUGGCUAAAGAUACAUUUAGCAAACCUGUAUUCGGGAGGCAUCGAGAAGCUUUCACAUGAUGGUCGCCUAGCAUUUGUAGAUAGCCAUUUGGAUGAUAUAUUUGAUUCGGCAGAGAAUCCAAUAAGUGGUAAUCAAUGGUGGUUAAUGGCAGAAGACCCUUUUCAGUGCUUAGCUGCUUGUAUUAAUCUUUCAAAAGCAUUAAAGAGCCCGUCACCACAUACCGUAAUCUCCCACUUGCCUAUUCAUCAGGAUGGUUCAUGCAAUGGCCUACAGCACUAUGCUGCUUUGGGAAGAGACAGUUUUGAAGCUGCUGCAGUUAACUUGGUUGCUGGAGAGAAACCAGCUGAUGUUUACUCAGAAAUUUCUGUGAGGGUUCAUGAUAUAAUGAAGAGGGACAGCAAUAAGGACCCUUCUACAAAUCCAAAUGCUUUAUUAGCAAAGAUCCUAAUUGGUCAGGUGGAUCGAAAGUUGGUAAAACAGACGGUAAUGACUUCAGUAUAUGGUGUCACAUAUGUUGGGGCACGUGAGCAAAUAAAAAGAAGGUUAGAGGAGAAGGGUCAUAUCACUGAUGAUAGACUGCUGUUUGCUGCAGCGUGCUAUGCCGCUAAAGUGACAUUGGCUGCUCUUGGAGAGGUUUUUGAAGCUGCACGGGCCAUAAUGGCUUGGCUUGGUGAUUGUGCUAAGAUUAUUGCUUCAGAUAAUCAACCUGUGCGAUGGACUACUCCUCUUGGUCUCCCUGUGGUGCAACCCUACUGUAAAAAUGAACGACAUCUUAUACGAACAUCUCUUCAGGUUUGGCAUUGCAACGGGAGGGUAACUCGGUAGAUGUUAAAAAACAGAGAACUGCAUUUCCUCCAAAUUUUGUGCACUCACUUGAUGGUUCACACAUGAUGAUGACAGCUAUUGCCUGCAGAGAGGCUGGUUUACAUUUUGCAGGUCUGUCUUGUAGACUUUUAGUAGCGAAGCAGCAUAAU